AUGUCAUUCCCAAUCGAACUAAUAGCGUCCACACAACAGGAUGAAGAUGUUUUUUCAUUCUCUCUAAAUAAUCAAUCCAACAUUAAUUACAUGGAUAAAUUUCAUCAACAACAAAAUAAAAAUAAUAUAAUAACGCCCACAUUCGGACAACAAUCACAUAAUGGUGAUUAUGAAGAUCAAGCUAACCUUGAUGAGGAAGAAGAAAUUGAAGAUUUAAACCUUGAUAACGGAUACGGUGAUGUUUCCUUAUUAAAUUCACCAAUAUCGUAUAACAAUAAUAUGAGAACGAAUCAACAAGAACAAGAACAAGAACAAGAAAAUGUACGUUACGAAGCAUACCCAACAAGUAGUAGUAAUUUUAACAUGUUUGAAGAAUAUUCGAGUGCUCAAGAUGAUAUAUUUGAAAUAGAUACUCAACCAUCUAGUGCUAUUCAAACUCCAAUAAUACCAAAUAAUAACAAUAAUAACAAUUGUUCUAAUGAAGUUUCUGGUUCAUAUUCAAUUACAUCAAGUUCACCAUAUGCUAAAUUGGCUGAAUGUUAUGGCAAUGCAGCUCAACAAAAUUAUAGACUAUGGUUAUCUUCGUUCUAG